GAAUAAAAUUCAAUCUUUAAAUAAAAACAAGUGUCUUGUUGUAAAAUUAUAAGAAUGUUUUAUUCAUAACUACGCAAUUCCAAGCUGGUAACGAACUCGAUAGUAAUCGAUAUUCGAUAUACGGCUAAACAAGCAGCAAAACAAUAAUAAAUAAACGUGAAGACCCCAGACUGAAAUUUAAAAGAAAUAUUUUAUCUUGAGAACAAACUUCAUAUGGGCAUCAUGGACAACAAUGGCGUCGGCAGGCUGACAGAAGAAUCUCUGAAACGCAAGGAGCGUCUUCAAAAACUCCGGGAACAAGCGCAGAACAAAGGAGGAGACGCCGCCGAAUCCAAUGAAAAGUUACCCAAACCAGUCUUCCGCAGCUACAAACCCCAGAAUGAAAGCACCGAUGGCGAAAUCCUUGCACAGGAACCAACGGGAAACAUAGAAACUGCUGUCGAGGAUCAACUGAGUCUGCUCCAGCAGCCCAUGGUGAUCGAUGAGAUUGAUAUAACCAACCUGGCACCGCGCAAACCCGACUGGGAUCUGAAGCGGGAUGCCAGCAAAAAGUUGGAGCGACUGGAACGACGCACCCAAAAAGCAAUUGCUGAACUCAUCCGUGAGCGACUGAAACUGAACCAAAUCGAGGACAUCAGCCAAGCGGUGAACGUGGCCACGGCUCAUGCAGGUGAAAGUGUUCAGGAGGAUUAUGACUAGAGCCGAAUAAUACAACUAACUUUACUGAACUGGUACAAAAAACGAAAAAGUGCA